AUGCGUACUCAAAUCAUUGCCAUUAUUGUUUCUCUUCUUGUCUGUGCUACAUUUUUGGUUUCGGCCAAACCUGCUGCAUCAGUCGGCGAACAACAUCGAGCUAUUUCAUUUCCAAAUAUAUUUCAAUUACAAAAUCCAUUUUGUGCCUCAAUGUUAUGCUUUGCUCCAUGCAAUUGUGGUAGCCAUCUUGAUUCACGUGGAUGUAGUACCUGCAGUUGUCUUCCAUGUGAUGGUGCAUGGUGGUGA